ACCAUAUAUAGGUUGCUACAGGAAUACUCCAGAUCUUCUGGAAUCAGAUCAAAGGAAUAUGGCGGUCUGCAUGUAAUGGUGUUUCGGGUAGCCAUCGAAACCGAGUCUGACGAUAAUUCGGCCUCCGAAGUUUCUUCUGACUCAUCUGAAGACGAGUUAGAGGACUUGAUAGACAAUAUUCUUGAUAAUCUUGUCAUUUGCCAGCCAAGUGCGCAAAGGAUGACAAUUAAAAACAAGAAUAGGAAAGAGCGACCAAAGCAGGAACGCCAAGACCGACCCAAUGAGCUUGAGACGGCCAGCACGUCAAACGAAGGAUCUUUCCCGUUCGCAUUUCAAGGAUAUGGUUACCAAGGAACCCAUGAACGGGCCCAAUCCUCGACCCGAAGUCAUGGCAGAAUAUCAUGGCCUCAUGGCACUGGCUCGCUUGGCCCAGAAACAUUCUCCUAUCCACCGUUUGCAGAGACCGACUCAUCCCACAUACUGCAGCCCUCAACUUAUAUAAAACCCUCCUUAAAAAGACAGUGGUCCCCUUCAGUUGAUCAGUCGAAGAAUGUUCGCGAUUGCAGGGAGGGUUUGAACGAAGAACAUAUCGAUAGUGAUGAGGCGACAGGGAACAACAGCGAAGAUGAAUAUUAUCGUGUUCCGGAUAAUCCCCCCUCUAAUACGUCUAAGGUUGCACACCAAGUUUUUGGCGAUGAGGAAAAGCACGAACUAGUCCGGAAACAGGUUGUAGACUAUAUGGUGAAAAACCGUGAGCACUUUUCACAAUAUGUGACAGAGGAUUUUGAUCGAUAUCUCCAACGGAAGCGGCAUCCGAACUGCCACGGCAAUCACCUGGAAAUUCAAGCUAUUUCGGAACUAUACAACCGUCCUGUCGAAAUAUAUUACAACAGCCUCCCCGAGCCGGAACUUGUGAAACAAGCUCUUAAUGAAUCAGAAGCAAGUGAGCUCGAGGAAGCCAUGCUUCGCGAUAAACUGGCUGAAUCUGAAAGCAAGGAGCUGGAGGCAUGCAUUACUGACCAUGUUCUACGGGAAUCUUAUUAUGAGCACUGGAAAUCCUGCUUUGACAUGCCGCUAUCAACUUCGGCUAAGCUACUUUAUUGUAGCCACGGCUGCACUGAAUAA